AUGGUACUCGCUGGGGGAAGGUUUUUGGAACUGUUUGAAUUGGUGGAAUUUGACCACAAGUCUUGCUCGACUAACAAUGGACUGGAAGGGACCUGCUUGCUUGAAAUUGAUUGUCAUAACAGUGGUGGAACACCCAUGGGAAAGUGUGCAGAUGGGUACGGAACAUGUUGCGUAACUCUUUUCAGUUGUGAUGGCUGGUCUUCAGCCUCGGUCGGAUGGCUGAACAACCCAGGCUACCCUUCACCCAGUUCGGACAGGCUGUCGUGUGUGUUUGUAUUGAAUAAAUUUUCCCCAGAGAUUAAGCAAGUACGACUGGACUUUAUACAUUUUGAACUUUUACCUCCUAGUGAUGGAAUAUGUAAACUGGACCAGUUUCAAGUAUUGGGACACAAUUCCAAUAAUUUGAUACCAAUUCUAUGCGGAAUAAAUUCAGGACAACACGUUUACAUAGAAGUUUCUGAGGGUCCAUUAAUUUUGUCGAUGCAGACUGUCACAGCAGACAUAAGACUGUUUUCCAUUAAGAUCACACAAUUGACACCGUCAGACGAUCUAGCAGCCCCCACAGGAUGUCUGCAAUUCUUCAAGGAAAAUCACGGUCAUAUAGAGUCGUUCAAUUACAGGCAGAGAUCGGAAAUUGGAAUCACUAGGACACCAAGUUAUCUGAAUAACCUUAACUAUGCAAUGUGCGUGGAGAGAGCGCCGGCGUCAUGCAGCAUUACUUACACGAAUGUCGGAAAAAUGCAAAUAGUAAAUUACGAUACCGAAGGCAUACCAAUUAUACCACCUGAACAAGCAGGUGUCGAGAUUCUAAAUUGCCCCAGCGACUGGUUGCUGAUAGCUGCAUUAAGGCUGUGCGGCGAACGGCUUAACGAUGGCUCAGUCAUCCAGGAUUUUACGUUGGAUGCACCGGUUACAGAUGACGCAGCAGGGCCCAUAGUAGUGUGGUUCAGAUCUGACGGCGUAUACGCAGGGCGUGGCUUUCGAUUCUACUAUCAACAAAACUCUUGUACCACUUGACUUUUAAUUAAGUACCAAUUAACUCCCUACUUCAAAUGUUAUCAUAGUUAUCUUUUCUCUAUACGUGAUAAAACAAAGUCACUUCCAUCCACUUUACUUCUGUUAGAGAAGGUAUAGGUCGCACCAAACUUCGAGUCCAUUCUGAACAUGAGGCGUGUGGUUUGCGUAAACGAAAACAUUCCAUAUGUCUAACAAUAGGGAUGAUGACAGUUUUUUAAAUUGUAUAUAAAUUAAGAGUAUGCUAAUAGUAAAGCAAUUUUGUAAAAGGAACACGGUAUUUGCGAUCAUUACUUUCGGAGCUACAGGAAUUUAAAGAGUCAGAUUUGCGUUGAACGAACUAAUGACGUCGUAGGUAAUGUAACGAUCGUUAGAUUUGUAUGGGCGUUCAAACAAAAUUACUAUAAAAUAUCUUUGUUAUUUGUGCGUUUAUGUUUAUAGUUCACGUUUUAAAAAAUGUCACAUUUAAUGUAAAGAAACUAAAACUGUAUGAAUUUUCAUCUAAUUACGAUAAAAGAUUUUUAUUUAUUUUAUUAGGAUAACCAACAGCUAUUACAAUUUCACAUGUUAAAGAUUUACAUUGAAAUAAAUAUAUGAGUAGUUAUUGCACAGCUAAUUAUAGGUUAACACAGCGUACACAAAUUAAUAUUAUGUCAAUACUACAGUUGUCAGAAAUGAAUGAAUGUCAAAUUACACAAUACAAAUUAAUAUGCAACAAAUAAAUUAAAAAAAAAAAAUUAAAAAAUAAAAAAAAAAAAAAUUAAUAGAUUUUGAAAUUUCUCUCAUUUAUUUUGCAAAUAUCCAGACAAUCUUUGCUUUUUAUGUAUAAAUUAGUUAACAUUGACCUUAUUUACCCGAAUGUAUCAUAAAAAUCAAUUUAUUCAAACCUAGUCAUCAUCCCUAUUGACCAAUCGUGAAAAUACCGCAAUACCGGUAAUAUUGCUAUUUAUUUCAUGGUGUUGGGGUCGAAAUUUAUGGAAAUGGGAGUACUGCGCUGCCAUUGGUCUUUCUUUUCUUUUUAAGAGAUAUGUCAUUGGUUACAUGCUAGGCGUAGGUACCUAGCUACUGGCGGGUUAAUAAUAGCUUCGCAGUUUGGCGUGUGCAAUAUCAGAACGGACUCGACGUUUGUCCCGACCUAUACCUAUCUCGCAUUAUGAAUAGGUGUUCACUAUUACUAAUAAGUUGGAUAAAUUAAGUUCAUUUUAUAUAUACUCAGAGGCUCAAUUAUCCGCUCAUUUUCAUAUACUCGCGUCAUAUGUAAGUGGGCGGAUAAUUUGUGUCUUUGUGUAUAUUUUUGUUACUCUGGCUGAGCAGGGAAAGGAAGUUUGACAAUUGACAUGUCUUAAGCCUACACCCGGAUAACAUUAACAAGUCCCGGGAUCUACUCGUAGUUUUCUCUCUGUCAUACCCUUAGACCAUUUAAAUGGUCUAAGGUCAUACCACACGAUGGUCCCGGCACCUGCACUAUCAAUCCAUGGAAAGCUAAGAUAUUCAUCUCGGUAGGUAAAGAUAUGCUAAUUCCUAAUUGUAUUGUACCUAUACUAAAAUAAGUUUAGGUAGGUACAAUGUUUAUCUCCUAAAGAUAACCCGCAAUAAUCUUUUAUCGGUGCAAUAAUUAAUAAACUAUAAUGAGUCAUCCGUUUAUCGUCCGAUACUACAGUAUAUAUCUUUACUCUGCCGAUACAUUAUUAAUUAUCCCUAUACAAAUGUAAAUUACCUACCUACUGUAAACAUUAUAUGCUUGUUUGUAAAUGUAUGUUAGACAUUUUUUUAAAUUUUGUAAACAACAUAAACCUGACCUGUUCAGGUUUAUGUUGUUCAGGCUCAACAACUAGGAAUCAGGGGCGAAAGUUCCAAGCAACCCGAUUCCUAUCGGGUUAAAAAUUUACGAGUUUUACGUAUGUUAAUAAUUUAACGUACUCUGCCAAAAACACAUUCACAAACACAAAUCAACGGGUUACCUACUACAUUUCAGUCUUCACUACUGCUAGGUAUUAAAAAGGAUUAUUAUUCUUUAGUACACUUAUAGCAGUUUAUAGUCAAUUUUACUCGUAGGUAAAUCUCUAUCUAAUCUAAUCUAAUUAAUCCGAAGUAAUAUUUUAUACCUAUACAAUAAUUUAGUCACAAAUAUAGAUGUGAGGCCAGUUUAAAACCAAUUAAACUAUUCCAUUUAAUACAAAAAAAAAAACCCAUUUAAAACCCAACAAAACCAUUUUUUUCAGUUUUAAACCAUAUGUGUUUAUGACUUCGUAUUAUUUUAUAUAACUAAGUACAUUUUCUUAAAUUUAUCUAGGUAGGGAGUAGGGAUAAAACGGAGUACCUACCUAAAAAAUUGUAAAGAUUAAAAUUAAUGAAGUACAAAACACAUUUAUUUUAUUUUCAUAGUCGAGUUUUAAACGUUUUAAAAUGGUUUAAAACUGCAGAAUUUUAUUUUAAACGUUUUAAAUCGGUUUAUUUACAUCUAGUCACAAAACACGCCGAUUAUGUAGUUAUUAGGUACAGGAUCGGCGUGUUUUGCGAACUACGAAGCUAAUAGGGGAGGAAAUAAGGAGAGGUUAAUUUUUUACUUAUUUUGAAUGAAUCUCUUGAAUAAUCGCUCGUUUUCUAAUGAUUUCAGUAAGCCAGAGUAAUAAAAAUUGUCUUUGAAGUCUGUAGUUUAUUUCCCCACCGCUGAAAGCGAAAAAAGUAUAUAACCAUUUAUUCUUUCUAUCAUCUAAAUCGAUUCCAAUGACGUUGUAGUAACUGUAAUCUCAUAAAACAACUAUAAUAUUGUCAAUUAUCGUUGUGAAACUUAUUUUUUGGGGAAAGUUAUAGCAAUCCGCUAUGGAUAAAGUAAUUUAUUCAUUAUUAAACAAAAAUUAUCAAGUAUUUUUUAGUUCUAUGUAAAGUGGGGGGCGGGGACGAAGGGUCUGGGCCGGGAAUGGACAAUCCCCUUUAGCAUCCCGAGCUACCCUACUGGGGUAUGUUUUCAUACACUGCGCAACC